AUGGGUGACUGGAGCUUUCUAGGGCGGCUGCUGGAGAAUGCUCAAGAACACUCCACUGUGAUUGGAAAGGUUUGGCUGACCGUCCUCUUCAUCUUCCGCAUCUUGGUGCUUGGGGCAGCAGCUGAAGAGGUUUGGGGGGAUGAGCAGUCGGACUUUACUUGUAACACGCAGCAGCCUGGUUGCGAGAACGUCUGCUACGACGAGGCCUUCCCCAUCUCCCACAUCCGCUUCUGGGUGCUGCAGAUCAUCUUUGUCUCCACGCCCACCCUCAUCUAUCUGGGCCAUGUGCUGCACAUUGUCCGCAUGGAGGAGAAGAGGAGAGAGAGGGAGGAGGAGCUCAGAAAGGCCGGACGGCACCAGGAGGACCACGACCCUCUCUAUCACAACGGAGGAGGAGGAGGCGGGAAGAAGGAGAAGCCGCCAAUUCGUGAUGAGCAUGGGAAGAUCCGAAUCCGUGGAGCGUUAUUGAGGACCUACAUCUUCAACAUCAUCUUCAAGACUCUGUUUGAGGUGGGCUUCAUCCUGGGGCAGUACUUCCUCUAUGGCUUCCACCUGAGGCCGCUCUAUAAAUGUGGCCGCUGGCCCUGCCCCAAUACUGUGGACUGCUUCAUCUCCAGGCCCACUGAGAAGACAAUCUUCAUCAUUUUCAUGCUGGUGGUUGCUUGUGUCUCUCUGGUCCUCAACCUGCUGGAGAUCUACCACCUGGGCUGGAAGAAAGUUAAGCAGGGGGUCACCAAUGAGUUUGCACCCGACCGUGGGCUGCUGCUGCCGGGCGGAGAUGAGCCUGGAGAUGCGGAGACGAUCCCUGAGCAGACCUCUCCGUCAGUGCUCAACUGUUUGCCGGCGUACGCCAGCGUGAACGUGGUGGGGGCUGAGGGCGGAGCCUACAGUCCAACUGAAGCCUCCCUUGCAGUGAGCUCUGUGCCUGCCAGACACAAGAUGAACGGCACAGAGUUCCACCCAGACGACUUCCUGUUGGAGGCCCUGCCCACUUCUUUUUACGAGGAGGCGGCGCCUUGUAUGGUCCCACAUGACGACUUCAUCGUGGUCACCAGGGCGGAGAUGCAUCAGCCUCCUGCUGCCGCUCCUGCGAGAGACAUCCGGAAGCCAAGUCGGGCCAGCAAGAGCGGCUGCGUCCGAGCUCGUCCCGAUGACCUGGCUGUGUAG